AUGAACUCAGUACAGGAAGAGUCUAUUGCAUUUCAAAAUGUCGUAUCCGUGAGCUUUCCGAGAUCCAGCAGCGCGAGGUACGUUUUCUUUCUCUUUGGUGCGCACCAGCGCAUACCGCACCGCACCCCGCCAGUCGCUCCGCGGCAGGAACCACCUCCGUUCCUCCCGCCCCAGGACGCAGCACCAGCCGAGGGCGAUCCUGGGGGCGGCUCGGAGCCUAGCACCGCCCUCGCCCCUCCUCCUGUCCCUCGCAUCCCCUGCCCACCGCCCGGCCCCGCCUGCUGCGCCGCGCUCAAGAUGGCGGCCGCGCUGAGGGGAUUGCUGCGCCGUGCGGUGAGCGAGGGCGGGAAGGCGGGAACGAGCGCGCGGCUCCCCCUGGUCCUGACCCUCACGUCCCCGCAGGUGCCCGCCGCCGGGAGGACGCUGACGGCGCAGCCGCUGCUGUGCGCCCGCCGCCGGCUCACGCUGGGCGCCUCGCGGCUCGCCGCGGCCGUUACGCAGCAUGCCCCGUUCUUCAAAGGCACGGCCGUCGUCAAUGGGGAGUUCAAGGAGCUGACCCUGGAUGAUUUCAAGGGGAAAUACCUCGUGCUUUUCUUCUACCCUCUGGAUUUCACCUUUGUGUGCCCCACAGAAAUUGUGGCUUUUAGUAACAAAGCGAAUGAGUUCCACGAUGUGAACUGCGAGGUGGUGGCGGUUUCUGUGGACUCCCACUUCAGCCACCUGGCCUGGAUAAAUACACCACGCAAGAGUGGCGGUUUGGGCAAAAUGAAUAUUCCAGUUCUGUCAGACCUCACGAAACAAAUCUCCCGUGAUUAUGGUGUUCUGCUAGAAGGACCUGGCAUUGCACUAAGAGGUCUCUUCAUCAUUGAUCCAAAUGGGGUCAUCAAGCAUCUGAGCGUCAAUGAUCUCCCUGUCGGUCGCAGUGUGGAAGAGACCCUUCGCUUGGUGAAAGCAUUCCAGUAUGUGGAAACACAUGGAGAGGUUUGCCCAGCAAACUGGACUCCAGAUUCCCCUACAAUCAAACCAAGUCCAAAGGCUUCUAAAGAAUAUUUUGACACACAUUUUGACACAUAAACACUGAAGUGCAGAUGAAACUUAGUUGCUGUAUGCUGAAGACAUUAAGUGGCUGUGAUUAUGGAAGAAGAAAGGUUCUCAUUUCCUCAUGUUUUAAAACAAUAAUUAAAUGCUGAAAUACUUA